ACACUAAAAGAGAAUAAUCUCCACAAAUAAAAUAUCACAGUGAUUACGUGUUAAAAAAUUCAAUGAAAUAUCUAAAUCAACAUUCCUUGCGGUAAGGGAAUAUAUUCUCAUCUCAUAUUUUCAAAAACCUUAAAUAUUAUCCUCAAUAUAUGUGAUAUAAGAAUAGGAUUUCUGUUUAUGAACGAGAGAUUUAAAGAAUUUCCACAGUUGAUUUGAUUAAUCCAUCGAUAGGAAAAAUAGUAGAAUUGGUCCUAGAUAUAACGUCAAUUAUCUAAUUAACAGAUAACAAUUCAUUUUUAUUAUUAUUUAUUGCUAUCUCCUUAUAAGUUUAACAGCACCGAAUAGUGAUACGUUGAGCAGCUUGUUAUCAUACUUUUAUAUUAAUAAAUAAUUGAGAGAAUGUGGCUCUGGAGUGGUCUCAAGUGGACAGCCAUAAGAGUAGAAAUCUUUUAAUGAACAAAAUAAAUAAAAUAUUGAUAUAUUGUAGACGUAAACGAUAAUGAAAAUUGUAGCCUUAUCGAUGUUAUAGAGAGAUUAUUUUAUCUCAUACUAAGUGAACUUUGACGAUUAAAAACUCCAACUUCAGCAUGAUUUUUAUAACGAAAAAUCCAAGGGGCUAAUUUAGUGAAGUGAAUUCCCUCCUUUUUAUGUAUAGCAUAUACUCAUUGCACUAUAUUUUGUAUUACUGUUUUUCAUUGUGACGAUAUAUCCGGGGGAAAAGGGGGGGAAUCAAGGGGGAUCAUGUGACAGAGAGUUUGCAAAGCAACUAUAUCAAUAUUAGUACACAGUAUAUUUGAUCAUUAAUGAAUUUUUCCAUAUGUUAUUAGAUAAAUAGAAUUUAGAAAUUGUUGAGUACGUGGGAGUCAGUGAGUUAUACCCAUUGUAUUGUGGAUUACCGCGAAACGUAAACAAUAACAGAACGACACAUCCGAGAAAGACGAUCGAAAGCAAACAGGCAAUAAUAUUUUCAAUUGACCAGUUGAAGAGAGUCAGUGAAAGAGGUAAGGUGUUAUAAUACUGGUGCCUGUGAAGUCUUUUUAAAAUUAUUUAAAUCACUCAUCUCUUUGUGCCUAUUGUUUAUAAGUAACAACACUGGAUAACACAAAUAAUCCUCAAGUAGUUGAUCGGGACGUACACAAUUCACAUCGAAAUUAAUUCAGUGCCAUUACACUCGACAUUUUGCAAAUUCGAAACAAAAAGUGAAGUGUCUGUUUUACCCACGUGAUUAGAAUCAUUCGGUAAAGAACUCCCGAAUGUAUGUGGUGCUACGAAUUCCAAAAACUAUAACGAAAUUCGAGUUUUUUUAAAUUUUCUCCGACAUAUAAUAAGAUUUUCGUUCAAACCUCUUGCCUAGAGACAAUUAAAUAUAAAUAAUUCAAUUAGGAAUUAUUUAUUCAUCUAGUUUUAGUGUUGAUUGCUUUACUGGUGAAUUAGGUUAUGUUCGACUUCUCGUCAACAUGCAGCUGAUCUCGUGAAGAGUUUACGAGAAAAUUGGAAGAAAUUAGAAAUUCGUGAUUGUUGUGGAGUGAUAAAAGGAUUUACCCGUUAAAAAUGCCAGGAAUGGGAAAAGGAGGAAGGGAUUGGGCCCUGUCGAUGCUCAGGUCCUUGCCCAGGGUGUGUCUCCAGAACCUCCGGGCCAAUCCAGGAACAUUGAAGAAGACAAAAAGAGGAAGGGCUGCCCAUGGAGGAGAUAAGCAUGGUGCAGGUAACAAGGGAUCAGGGCAGAGGCAAAAUUACAUGAGAACUGGUUAUGAAACAGGAAAUAUUCCCUUUUACCUCAGAUUCCAGUGGGAGCCUUAUUACAAGGGGCAUCAUGUCAGGAGACAAUAUCCACCUCUGAGUCUUCACCAGCUGCAAUUAAUGAUCGAUACUAACAGAAUUGAUGCCUCGAAGCCAAUAGAUCUUUUAUCUCUAUUCAAUACUGGGCUCUAUCAUCUCGAUUUCAUGCAAACUCAUGCUGGAGUUCAUCUCACUGAUGAGGGAAUCAAUGAUUUCCAAGCUAAAGUGAAUAUCGAAGUUCAAUGGGCGACAGAACCAGUGAUUGCUGCUAUUGAGAAGAAUGGAGGGAUCAUAACAACUGCAUUUUACGAUCGAGAGAGUUUAUUUGCCCUGUCCGAUGCUGAAAAAUUCUUCAAAAGAGGUGAGCCAAUUCCCAGGCGAAUGCUCCCACCUUCAGACUGCCUGGAAUAUUAUUCCAGUGCAGCAACUCGUGGAUACCUGGCAGAUCCAGAUAAAGUAGCCUACGAGCGUUUGGUCCUUGCUCAGAAGUACGGAUACACCCUUCCAAAGUACGAGGAGGAUCCUGACUAUGAGAUGCUGUCAGAGAAAAAAGAUCCGAGACAGAUAUUCUAUGGGCUAGAGCCAGGGUGGGUGGUGAGCCUCAAGGACAAGGCCAUUUUAAAACCCAAGGCUGAGUACCUCAGGGAAUACUACGCCAAUUAACAUCCACCAUUUAUUAUUACAUAUGUACAGUUGAUAAAAAGUAUAUAAAACGAUCACAAAACGAUCUUAUUACUUCAUAAAUUCAAUUGGUGAUAUUUAU